UCCAGUUUCACUUCCCUGGUCCAAACAGACCCAAUUUGAUUUAGUUCUAGUUUUCAUUUCCCCAAACCAAACGCACGCGUUUGAUGUGAAAGACUGACGUGUUUGUUUUCUUUCUCUCUCUACUGCGCUCUUGUAGUGAUCGGAUUUCUCGUCGUCGACUCAGAUCACUGCUCUCUAGCCUCCUACAAAGAUCUCAUCCAUCUCGUUUCGUGUUUUUGCUGGCGAUUUGAUUUAAUUUUGAGUUAAUUUUCGGCAAUGAAUUUUUUAGUUGGAGCAUUUAAGCCGGCAUGCCACGUUUCGUUUACGUUUUCGGAUGGAAAAUCACGAAAGCAGGUGUCAAUGAAGAAGGAGAAUGGUCAAACAGUAAUGGUCCCACUCUUUCACAAUCACGAAAACAUAUCUGGGAAGAUUUCUGUCGAACCAGUUUCAGGGAAGAAGGUGGAGCACAAUGGAAUCAAAGUUGAGCUGCUUGGUCAGAUAGAAAUGUACUUUGAUAGAGGCAACUUCUACGACUUCACAUCUCUGGUUCGUGAACUGGAUGUUCCUGGAGAAAUUUAUGAAAGAAAAACAUUUCCCUUCGAAUUUUCAACUGUGGAGAUGCCAUAUGAGGCGUAUAAUGGUGUAAACGUGCGGCUUAGGUAUGUCCUAAAAGUGACAAUAACUCGGGGUUAUGCUGGUAGCAUAGUGGAAUACCAAGACUUUGUGGUUCGGAAUCCCAGCCCUCCUCCACCAAUCAACAACAGCAUCAAGAUGGAAGUUGGAAUCGAAGACUGCCUUCAUAUUGAGUUUGAGUACAAUAAGAGCAAGUAUCAUUUGAAAGAUGUCAUUAUUGGCAAAAUUUAUUUUCUUCUCGUUAGAAUCAAGCUAAAAAACAUGGAUCUUGAGAUUAGACGCAGAGAAUCAACUGGAUCGGGGACCAACACUCAUGUUGAGACAGAGACACUUGCAAAGUUCGAACUUAUGGACGGUGCUCCAGUUAGAGGUGAAUCUAUUCCAGUCAGAUUGUUUUUAAGCCCGUACGAGCUAACUCCAACAUACUCGAACAUAAACAACAAAUUCAGCGUGAAAUACUACUUGAACCUCGUACUUGUCGAUGAAGAGGACCGCCGAUAUUUCAAGCAACAAGAAAUCACAAUGUUCCGGCUCGGAGAAACAUCUUGAUUUUAAAGUAUUUGUUUGUUGAAGAUUUACUGACAAAAAAAAAAAAGAACUUUUUCUUUGUUCUUAUCAAAUAGCACCGUCGUUGAUGCAAAAAUGUGCACAGUUGUAUAGAGGAAGGAUUAUGUACAUGGGCAUGUCUAGAGAUUUCUGCGACAAAAAUGAUUGUGCUUUUCGAGGUUUGAUUCGAGUCUGUUUAGGUUUUCGCGUGUUCGUUAGGUUAUUAAUCAUAUUUUCCUCUUUCGGCUGUGUUUUAGGCUCUGUUUCCUAGUUUGAUGUUUGUUUGUGAGCAUUGCAUUCAUGUUUUUCUUAUACUAUAUAAUAAUUGAUUUAAGGGUUGCAAACUUAAGCUGGGUA